CCAUUCAAUGACCUUUUAUUUUUUCCGCCCAGGAGCUGCGCUGAAGUUUAACCUAAAAAGGUGAGGUGUGAGGUGUUCCUUGCAUUUGGAGUAAGGGUGUUGUCAAAACCAGGUGGUUGUAACAGUGUUCAGACAUUCUCUUCUGUCCUGGAAAUCCAAGUUUCUGAAUCCAUGUGUUCCUAAUCCAGAGAAAACACCCUAAACAGAAGCAAACAGGAAUGUCUGGCAUGUGCUUUUCAACUCCAGAGGGCUCUUCCUACUCCACAUACUGCCAUCAUCACUGUCGUGGGAUCUGGGUGCUGCUUGGCCAUGGGGAGCAGGCCAGGUGGCACCGAGCAAAGCUGGCCAUGUGCUGGUUGCCCACCGCUUGCCUCUUUGUUUCCCCACAGAUUUUGGCUUCCCCUUGUGCUGGCUUCCCUCCCUAUCAUGGCUACUGGUGAAGAGAUGACCCCUGCCCUGCAGGACUCUUGGGGGGACUUCUGGCUCUUCCGUUUCUUUCUUAAUGCUGCUGGCUAUGCAAGUAUUGUGGUGCCAGGAUUCUUCCUCAUCCAGUACUUCAAGAGAAGAAAUUACCUGGAGACAGGCCGAGGCAUUUGCUUUCCUGUCAUCAAAUCAUGCGUGUUCGGCUCUGAGGUGAAGUCUGUACACCAGGAGGAUGGCUCCCUGCCACCCCGAGCAGAGCCCACAGAGUCCUCUACAGCUCGACAGGUCUUCAAGCUCCUCUUCUGUGCUGCUGGUCUACAGGUCUCCUACCUCACAUGGGGCGUCCUCCAGGAGCGUGUAAUGACAAGAACAUAUGGUGCUACUGAAACAGACCCUGGUGAGAAGUUCAAGGACUCCCAGUUCCUAGUGUUCAUGAACCGCAUCCUGGCCUUCACGGUGGCUGGUCUGUACUGCGCCCUGACCAAGCAGCCGCGCCAUGGGGCUCCUAUGUACAAAUACUCCUUUGCCUCACUCUCUAACAUCUUCAGCAGCUGGUGCCAGUAUGAGGCACUCAAAUACAUCAGCUUCCCCACCCAGGUGCUGGCCAAGGCCUCCAAAGUGAUCCCAGUGAUGAUGAUGGGCAAACUGGUGUCACGCAAGAGUUAUGAGUACUGGGAGUACCUGACUGCUGUCCUCAUUUCUGUGGGGGUCAGCAUGUUCCUCCUCUCCAGUGCUCCAAACAGGCACGUGUCCACUGUCACCACUUUCUCAGGCGUGGUCCUCCUGGCCAGCUACAUAAUCUUCGACAGUUUCACCUCCAACUGGCAGGACGCCCUCUUCACCUACAAGAUGUCUCCCGUGCAGAUGAUGUUUGGCGUCAAUGUCUUCUCCUGCCUUUUCACGGUGGGCUCGCUCCUGGAGCAGGGGGCCCUGCUGGAGUCGUUACACUUCAUGGCCCGCCACUCGGAGUUCGCAGCCCACGCCGUGCUGCUCUCCGUGUGCUCCGCCUUCGGCCAGCUCUUCAUCUUCUACACCAUCAACCACUUCGGGGCAGCUGUCUUCACCAUCAUCAUGACGCUGCGCCAGGCCUUUGCCAUUCUCCUCUCCUGCCUCAUCUACGGGCACACUGUCACUGUCAUGGGCGGGCUGGGUGUAGGUGUUGUCUUCAUGGCCCUCUUCCUCCGCGUCUACGCCCGUAGCCGCAUGAAGAAGCGCAGUAAGAAGCUCCCGCCGGGCGAGACCCCUGUACAAAAGGUCUAAGGAGUUGGGGCCAUGGCAUUUUAAACCAUGCCUGCUGUCCUGCCUGCACUUAGGGGUACUUGCUUAAUUUCUCAGAACCCGCCGAGGAGCAGGGUGGGGUAUGAAUAGGCUGGACCAGUGACUCACUUUUCCACCUGCUUUUCCUGGGAAAGGGGCUGGAUCAAGCCCAGGGAAUGCUCUGGGCUGCCACAGCUCCAAACCUUUCCAUUUGCCUUAAUAGGUCAAAGACUUCCAGCUAAGGCACAGGCCUGGCAGGGGAGCUCAUAUCCUGGGGGAAUACCAGUGGGGGGCUGCUGGUACUCCUGCCCCACCUUCAUCUUGUGGCUUCUCUCCAAAGUCACUGAUGAAGAAGGGAGCUCUUUUCCCUGGCACGGUCUUGCCUCUGGCUAAUGCUCCUCCAUUUCUGUUACUACUACAUAGCUGUUACUACUACAGAGCUCAGCAGGAGGAAAGGGCAAGCAAAACUGAAUUUCUCUUUUGAAGCAUUUCCAUCUGAGGCAAGCCCCAAGGUGAGCCUCCCAAGAGGUGCUUCAGGUAGGACAACAGGCACAUUAAAGGGAAGGACUCCCAGCCUGUCCUACCCCAGGCCUGGGAUCUGUUCUGCAGUGAAAGCCAGCACCUCCCAGUUUGGUUUUACCUGUUCCUCUCCCCUGCUCCAAGACACUUUGCUCCCCUGGGCCCAGACUGAUUUUUACGCAGAGACUGAGGCUGGCUGGUACAGGUCCCAGGGCUUGCAGAGUUCUAGGUUGCUUUUUGGUUACAUCUGCUGCUGUGACAGGCCAAAGGCUGUGCUGCCCAGAAGCCCCAGAAUUGCCUCGGGGUGCCUCAGUGUCCCAUGGUUUCUGGGCUCUGUAUUUGCCAUUCAGAGAAGCACAAAUAGACCCUCUUCUUCCUGCCAACUGGAAGCAUCAAGCCCCAGCUUUCCUGGGGUCUGGCCAGAGCCCUGCUGUGCCUGGAGGGCUGCAAGGUGGGACAGAGCCCACUUGUGGUGCCUUGUUUCUGCUCCACAGGUGGGUGAGUGGGCAUCUGCUCCCAGGCAGCAGGGAACAGAGCACCAGAAGCUGCUCUUCCCCAGAAGCCUGGGAUUUACUGGUUAACCCUUUUCUCCUCAACACAACCUGACUGACAAGCCAGCAGGUUUUGGUACUUUUGAAAGGCUUUUUUUUUUUCCCCUCUUUUUAUUUUAUUAAAUUAAAAAUAUGCUGCAUACAAUA